UUGAGAUUAAAAAAUAAAAAUAAUAAUAAAAACCUGAGCACCAGUGUGCCACCAAGGUGCUGAAGGAGGACGUAGCCGGAGAAGGACGCAGUGUGGGCGGGUUAACGUACGCCGAGGGAGGGGAGGAGCUGGAGUGGGGACGCCACCGUAACAUUCCCACUCAAUCUCUCCUUCUCCACAGACGAGAAAGCAAGGGCAUUGCUCCAGUUACACACCGAAUCGUCUUGGGGUUUUUCCUCCCCCCCUCCCCAACCAACCAGCUCCAUCAACUAUCACCGGGAGCUUCGGCACCGCUGCUUGGGGAAGAGGCAGGGGCGUGAAGGCGGAUGCUGCGAGGCUAAAAAAAAAAUAAAAUAGAGGAGGCUGUGGGUACCGAGCGCGGGCAUCGCUGCUGCAGCCGACACGAUGGACAAAAUGAAAUGUCUCUCCUUCCUCUUCCUUUGCUUGACAUCCGUUGCCAAUGGCAACAAAGCCAACAAACACAAGCCAUGGAUCGAGACGGAGUACCAAGGCAUUGUGAUGGAGAACGACAACACGGUCCUUCUCAACCCGCCGCUCUUCGCUUUGGAUAAAGACGCUCCGCUCCACUACGCCGGUGAAAUUUGCGGUUUCCGGGUUCACAACGGCCCCUCGGGUUCUGGUUCGGUGCAGUUCGAAGCCGUGGUCCUGGACCGCUCUACCGGCGAGGGUCUGGUGCGUUCCAAGGAGCCGCUGGACUGCGAGAGCCAGCGCGAGCACAGCUUUACCAUCCAGGCCUACGACUGCGGCGAGGGGCCCGACGGCGUCAACAGCAAGAAAUCCCACAAGGCCACGGUACACGUGCGGGUCAACGACGUCAACGAGUUCCCCCCCGUGUUCGUGGAGCGUCGCUACGAGGCCUCGGUCCCAGAGGGGCGGCUCUUUGACCGCAUCGUGCGUGCGGAGGCUCUCGAUGCCGACUGCUCCCCGCAGUACAGCCAGAUUUGUUUCUACGACAUCAUCACUCCCAACGUGCCCUUUGCUAUCGACAACGAUGGUAACAUCAAGAACACGGAGCCGCUGGACUCCAAGCGUCAGCACGUUCACACCUUCUGGGUGACCGCUUUCGAUUGCGGCAAGAACCGCGCUCAGGCCGACGCUCAGGUGGUGGUCACGGUCAAGCCGUCCUGCAGGCCCGGCUGGAUGGGUUGGACCAAGCGCGUGGAGUACACACCAGGCUCGGGUAGCAUCCCGCUCUUCCCCAGCUUGCAUUUGGAGACUUGCGAGGAGACCGUCUGGAACAUCCAGGCCACUGUAGAGCUUCAGACCGGCCACAUUGGAAAGGGCUGCGACCGAGACAGCUACUCUGACCGGUCCGUGCGGCGACUUUGCGGUGCUGUUCGAGGCGAGGUCGACCUCCUCCCACCUCCAUCGCCCGCCGCCAACUGGACGUCGGCGCUUCCCACUCUACCUUCCUCGGAUUCCUCUCUGGUGUUCUCCUUCAACGGGUCCAACCACGUGGCGGUGGUGCCGGACGCGGUUGUCUCGGGGCUGUCGGGCGACCAUUUCACCCUGCAGCUGUGGAUGCGUAGGUGGGGCACCAACGUCCAGCCGGCUGCUGCUCAGUCAAAAACGAGUCGCAAGGAAGAGGAGACCAUUGUGUGUAGCACUGUCAAGAAUGAUGACUCGUUCUCUCACUAUUCACUCUCCGUGCACGGCUGCCGCCUCUCUCUCUUCUACUGGCCUGACGUCUCGGCCGCACGGCCCGUCAAGUUCCUGUGGAAACUGGAGCAGGUGUGCGACAGCGAGUGGCACCACCUGUCACUCAGCGUCCAGUUCCCUUCAGUGACCCUGUAUGUGGACGGCGUGACCUUUGACCCCGCUCUCAUCCACGACAACGGCGCCCUGCCCAACCCGGCCCCCCGUCAGAGGAUGUUCAUCGGCGCCUGCUGGGAGUCGGAGGACAAGCAGAGGGAAAUAGUGAACAACAGUAUCCCACAAGUGAAAUAUGCAGGAGGUUACCACGGCCUGUUGUCCGGAGUGACGGUGCGUCCUGGCAGCGUGGAGCCCCACAGCGUGGUGGAGUGUCUGUACGCCUGUAGGGAGGGUCUGGACUUCGGAGACCUGGAGACAUUGGGAUCCGGGAUGAAGGUGCACGUGAACCCCAGCCAGUCAGUAUUAGUGCUGGAGGGGGACGACAUUGAGAGUUUCAACCGCGCCGUGCAGCAGGUGACCUACCGGAACUCCCUCCGCUUCGCCACGCCUGGAGUGCGACCCCUUAAACUUACCACCUCUCUCAGAUGUUUCAGCGAGGAGAGCUGUCUGUCCCUGAAGCCGCUGGAAGGUUACCUGGUGGUCCUCCAGCCGGAUGCUCCUCAGAUCUCUCUGUCCGGGGUCGGCCCGCAUCUGGCUCGCCCCGCCCCCGAAUUCGAGGCCACCCGGGGCGUCGCCUUAUUCCCCGAGUUACGGAUCGUCUGUUCGCUGACUCAUGCCGUCAACACGGCUGCGCAGGGGAUGGAAGGUGGCGCGCUGAUGUCCGAUGCCGUGGCACACACUUUGGACGGCUGUGAGGUUCAACCUCUGGGCGAGGAGCUGGAUCAGGAGCGGGAGGAGCUUCUGGUCGAUAUGGAUGUCGUGCGAGAGCGGGGCUUGGAUCUCAUCAACACGACGGCUUACAUCGCCAUCACAGGCGCUGAAUCCAUCUCCGUAUACGAGGACGUCCUCCGCUCAGUCCGCUACCGACUGUCCGGGAGCUCGUCCCGCUUCGAGCGACGCUUCCGUCUGUCCUGCUCCGAGAUGAACGGCAGAUACACCAGCAAUGAGCUGACUCUGGAGGUCAACUUCCUCCACUCCUUGGACAGUAUGUAUCACCCAUCCCACUUGAUGGCCUCCCAGCAACAGUUUCUCCAUCAACACGCAGGCGAGCUCGGUGGACACGCCUUUCCCAGUCUACAUCGCAACUCAGUGGUCCCCGGGGCCGCCACCAUCAUCAUCAUGGUGUGCGUGGCUUUUCUGGUCGUCAUGGUGAUCCUGGGCAUUUACCGAAUCCGCUCCAUCCACCGCCGGAGCGAGGAGGCCCGCCAGGCGGCCAAGGAGGGCGGCGGCCAGUGGGACGACUCCGCGCUCACCAUCAUCGUCAACCCCAUGGAGUCCUACGAGUCUCGCAUGGGCACGUCCGCUGACACGGAGGGAGAUGGUGAGGAGGGGGAGGAAGAAGAAGAAGAAGAAGAUGAGGAGGUGGCCGAGUCGCCUGACAACGCCAGCGACGACCAGCGGAUCAUUUUCAAGAAGGAGGUCCGGGACGGCAACGCCCGUCGCUACUGAGCUGCAUGUAAAAUCCCGCCUGCACCGGUUCUCACGGAAACCAACACUUUUACCGUCAUUUAUGGAAUGUAUA